AUGUUCAAUGUCUCAAACAUUUUCCGGAAAUUAAAAAACAUUUUGCCAGUACAGCAGUUAAAAAUGGUAAAAUAUUUGAAACAAGACGAGGCCAUCAACAUCGAUCAAGAAUUGUUUAACGUGUAUAAAUUUAGCGUUGACCAAUUAAUGGAGCUGGCCGGCUUAAGUUGUGCAACAGCUAUACAAAAAUGCUUUCCACCAAAAAGUCAUCAAAGGGUGUUGGUGCUCUGCGGACCAGGUAACAACGGUGGCGAUGGUCUGGUGUGCGCAAGGCAUAUGAAACUGUUUGGUUACUUGACCGAAGUGUAUUAUCCUGUGCGCACCGACAAGAUUUUGUACAGUAAUCUUGUGCAUCAGUGCGAGACUUCUGGUGUGCCCGUGUCUGAUUCCCUGGUUGACAACAUAUCCACGUACGACCUCAUAGUAGAUGCGCUGUUUGGUUUUAGUUUCAAGCCACCAGUGCGAGCGAAAUUUCUGCCUGUCAUGAAUGCGUUGAAAACAGUCGACAAACCAAUCUGUAGCAUAGAUGUCCCCAGCGGUUGGAGCGUAGAAGGAGUUCCUGAUAGCGAUGGAAUUAAUCCAGAGCUAUUAAUUUCGUUGACAGCACCAAAGGAAUGUGCCAAAAGUUUCAAAGGAAAAUAUCACUAUUUAGGUGGAAGAUUUGUACCCAAAGAACUGGAAGAAAAAUACCAAUUGGAAUUGCCUGCAUAUCCCGGUGCAGAAUGUUGUGUAAAAUUAUAA